AUGUGCGGUGUCAUCGAGGGACUGUGGACACGCGGGGGGCGAGUGUUCCACCGUUACGUGCGGCCCUCCGACCCCCGCCGCAUCUCGGCAGCCGCUGCAGCCGUUCACGGAAUCACGUGGGAGACGGUGCAGAACUGCUCCCCGUGGCCGGUGGUGGCACGUGAGUUGGUGGCCUACAUGGCCCUUGUCGGAGCGGACGCUCCCGUUUCCGCGUCCGCGCAGUUGGAGGCUGCGCAGCUCGGCGGGCAACGCGCUGUUCACCUCCCGCCGCUGGUGGCGCACAACGCGUCAUUCGACGCGCGUUUCCUUGAGCAUCACCUGCGGCGGUGCGGCUACCAAAUAUUCUGGCACCCUCGAUACCCUCUGACGUGCACUCGGCAGUGGGCACAGGUGGCCUAUCCGCACCUGGCGAACAACCUUGAUGCUCUGUGCGCCUUUCUAAGCAUCGAUUGGGCGGCAGAUCGAGCUGCCAAUGGCCACGACGCUCUCACAGACGCGACCUUGACAGCACUGCUGUUUCUGCAAAUGUGUCGUCGCUGGAUGGAGCGGUUCGGUCGUGGCGAAUAA